UUGAGCUUCUUUCUGGGCUCGCCAACUUCUCUACAAAAUAUUCUUAUUGCAAUGGAAACUUCCCUGACUGCUCUCCUUCCAUUUACUGAUGGCAUCAUCCUGCAUUUUCAUCACACGAUCAUCUGUCACUCACCCACCUCACCGCCCAAGUUUCCAUUUCACAAGAAUGGUCGUGGUGGGGAGCAAUCAAAUCAUAUGUCAUACCUACCACCUUUCACUAUAGUGGGAUCAAUGAAAUCUUUCAUGCCAUGCCUUCCAUUACUGAAUUCGUGCUGUCUGAAUGGUGAAGCAUGCUUAGCAAUGACGUCUCAGACCUGAAACCUUGGAUUUUAAAUCUUUAAUAGGCCAUCAUCUUGAUUUAGUUCAUCAUGCAACGCUUCUACAUCCUUAUGUGCAUCAGCCUUCACGUAUUUGCAGGCUUUGCUUUUGUUUAUUUUGAGGAUGAUCGAGAUGCUGCAGAUGCCAUCCGUGGACUUGAUAAUCAACCAUUUGGUUACAACCGACGGAGGCUGUCGGUUGAGUGGGCUAGGGGUGAGCGUGGUCGGCAUCGUGAAGGGUCUAGGUCAAUGGCAAAUCAGAGGCCCACUAAAACCUUGUUUGUGAUUAACUUUGAUCCUAUUCGAACAAAGGAGCGGGAUAUAAAAAGACACUUCGAGCCCUAUGGAAAUGUCCUUCAUGUUCGGAUUCGACGAAACUUUGCAUUUGUGCAGUUUGAGACACAAGAAGAUGCAACCAAGGCCCUUGAUGCUACAAAUAGAAGUAAGUUAUUGGACAGGGUUAUUUCUGUUGAGUAUGCUUUAAAAGAUGAUAGUGAGAGGGAUGACAGAUAUGAUAGCCCUAGAAGAGGUAGUUAUGGUAGGCGUGGGGAUAGUCCAUAUGGGAGAUCACCAAGUCCUGCUUAUCGUAGGAGACCAAGUCCAGAUUAUGGCCGAGCCCGCAGCCCAGUUUAUGAUCGGUACAAUGGGACAGUGUAUGACAGGCGCAGAAGUCCUGAUUAUGGGAGGAACAGGAGUCCAGUGUAUUACAAGCGGAGAAGUCCUGAUUAUGGGCGGAAUAGGAGCCCUGAGUAUGACAGAUACCGCAGCCGAUCACCAGUUAGAAGGUCAAGAACGUGAAAAAUGUGCAUUCUGGGGAAAGAAGUGUGCUCUCGUACCAUUUUAUUGUCUGGCCGUCCGCGGUAGUUCUGAAUAGUUGUAGAAUUAGCAUUUUCUCAGUUUGAGAUAUCAAUUACUGAUUGUAUUUGUAUGUUUGGUUACUGGUUUUCCUGGAUUUGAAGACAUUAGUAAUAGAACCUAUAUAUAUAUA